AUGCCCACGACUCACAACGAGACCCUGGCGGCGCAGGACGAGCCACAGCCGUUGGCUCCCGUCGCAGAGGUGGCCAUCGAGCUCAACGAGGACCUCAAAGGAUUCGAAGCACACGAGCGACUGUUCCAGGCUAUCGAUCCACAAGAGGAAAAGAAGCUGGUCCGCAAAAUCGACAUGGUUAUUUUACCAAUCAUGGCUUUUGUCUACCUGUUUCAGUAUGUCGACAAGAACUCCAUCAACAACGCCGCCGUGUUUGGCUUGCGCAAGGACUGCGCCUUGAAUGGCGUACAGUUCUCCUGGGUGGUAUCUCUGUUCUACUUCGGGCAACUUGUUUCCGAGUAUCCCGCCGCCUAUCUUCUGUCUCGUUUCCGCGUGGCAACCUUCAUUGGCGCCACCGUAGUCGACACAACCACUGCUUGGUUUCUCAAUGCUCGAGAGAGGGACCUAGCCACUCGACGCCUCGCCAUCGACCGGUCUACCAGAGAACGUUCAGAGUUCAAUAAGGCUCAGAUGUGGGAGGCACUCAGGUCCCCCCUGACCUGGUUUUACUUUGCUUUCGCUAUUUGCGUUAUGCUCACCGCUCCCAUUCUCAAGGUAUGCUAUCAGGCGAGGCCCUUUUGA